CGCAUAAAGAAUUGUCACAUAGCGGCACUUGGCUGUUUUUUCUUUCCUACUCGAGCGCAGCCAUGCCCAAUCCAAAGAGUCGUGACAUGGUCGGCCGCAAGGCGUGUUCGGACCUCCCAAUUGACUCAUACUGGUAGCAUGCGCCCUUGGGUGCUGAUUGACAAGCGUGCCUGUGGCGUGGCGUGCCGCGUAUAAGAAGAAGAGCAGUGAUCCGGGCAGCUAUACGGUCAGACAAACCCAUACAGCAACAAGGGGUUCCUAAUUGCAUCUGUCGCGACCAAUCCGACACUCACCUACGCACGUACGCACCAACACGCAGCCGGCACAAUGCGCGGCCCUGUCAUCAGGUCCUUGUCCGUCAUCGUGUCGCCCUUCCAUGUUGGCAUCCGGGGCUCCAAGACGGGUGCGGGGCCGCUGUUCCUGCAGCAGCAUGGGCUCAUCCCGGCCCUCGAGGAGCUCGGGCUGCCAGUGCGCCGAGUCGAAGUAGAGCCCGUGGACGAAACAGACGACGAGCUGGCUCGGUCCUUUGAGGUCUUGCGACGGACGGCGCGGCUCGUUGCCCAAGAGCGCCGCCGAAGCAGUUUCCCCGUCGUGCUCUCUGGCGACUGCACCGGCGCCGUGGGUGUUGCCGCCGGUCUCGUUGCUUCCGGGGCCGUCGCGGAUGGAGGUGCCGUGGACGGCUCGCGGCUUGGCUGCGUGUGGUUUGACGCGCACGACGACAUCCACACCCCCGACACCCUCGCCAGCGGCUACGGCGACUCGAUGCCUAUUUCGCUGCUGGCCGGUCGCUGCUACCAGCGCCUCUUGCAGACAGUCCCUGGCCACCACCCGUUGAACCUCGACAACCUGAUCCACGUCGGCAUGCGGGAUGUGACCGACGAGGAACGGGCACGUGUCGUCGAGGCCGGCUUCGACGUCAUUUGGGGCGACGCGGAGACCAAGGCGGAUUUCAGGGAUAAGCUGGGUCAGGCACUGCAACGGAAGCGGCUAGGCCAGACCAUGGUUCACCUCGAUUUGGACAGCUUGGACCUGUCGCUCGGCAAGGCAAACAAGUUCGGCACCGCAGGAGGCUUGUUGGAGGAGGAUAUCCUCGGGUGUCUGGACGAGGUCGCCUCCCAGACGAAGCCCGUCUCGCUGACGAUUGCAUCGUUUGAUCCCUCGUAUGAAGGGGCGGACAACAUUGCGAGGGUCGCGAUACAAGCCGUGCAGUCAUUCAUCGGGUCCUUGUCAAAGGCUGAGUAG